CCAUCAAUGAUCCCUUCACUGAUCUCAACUACAUGGUCUACAUGUUCCAGUAUGAUUCCACCCAUGGCAAAUUCCACGGUACAGUCAAGGCUGAGAACGGGAAGCUUGUCAUCAAUGGAAAGUCCAUCUCCAUCUUCCAGGAGCGAGAUCCCGCCAACAUCAAGUGGGGUGAUGCUGGUGCUGAGUAUGUUGUGGAGUCCACUGGGGUCUUCACCACCAUGGAGAAGGCUGGGGCCCACUUGAAGGGCGGGGCCAAGAGGGUCAUCAUCUCUGCUCCCUCUGCCGACGCCCCCAUGUUCGUGAUGGGUGUGAACCACGAGAAGUAUGACAACUCCCUCAAGAUUGUUAGCAAUGCCUCCUGCACCACCAACUGCUUGGCUCCUCUGGCCAAGGUCAUCCAUGACAACUUCGGCAUUGUGGAGGGACUCAUGACCACCGUCCAUGCCAUCACUGCCACCCAGAAGACCGUGGACGGGCCCUCUGGGAAGCUGUGGCGCGACGGCCGAGGGGCUGCCCAGAACAUCAUCCCUGCUUCCACUGGUGCUGCCAAGGCUGUGGGCAAGGUCAUCCCUGAGCUGAACGGGAAGCUCACUGGCAUGGCCUUCCGUGUCCCCACCCCCAACGUGUCUGUCGUGGAUCUGACCUGCCGCCUGGAGAAAGCUGCCAAAUAUGACGACAUCAAGAAGGUGGUGAAGCAGGCGUCAGAGGGCCCCCUCAAGGGCAUCCUGGGAUACACUGAGGACCAGGUCGUCUCCUGCGACUUCAACAGUGACACCCACUCCUCCACCUUCGAUGCCGGGGCUGGCAUUGCUCUCAACGACCACUUUGUCAAGCUCAUUUCUUGGUAUGACAAUGAAUUCGGCUACAGCAACCGGGUGGUGGACCUUAUGGUCCACAUGGCCUCCAAGGAGUAAGAGCCCCCUGGACCACCAGCCCCAGCGAGAGGAAGAGGAAGAGAGAGGCCCUCAGUUGCUGGGGAGUCCCUGCCCCAACUUAUCCCGCAAAACACUG